AGCUUGAGCGUGUGCCGCUGUGUGAAGCAGCCUUCCUUUACUGCACACAGCUGUGCCCGGAUGGGGACAGCUUCUUUCCAGCAGCUUCCUGAGCAUUUAUUUACUCACUCGAGGCUUGUUUUUCCCCUCGUUCCUUUAGACCCGUGGUGCAGAGGAGGUGGUUGUUCCAGAACUCUGCAUUCCUGGCUGCGCUGUGCCUGUGUUUGCAUGCAGAGCCAUCGCCUCCCCUCCAACUAUUUUAGUCAUUUCAGAAAGGGUGGGUCAGAGGCAUUUGGCAGCGGGUCCUUUGCUGAGGUGGAGUCAGCCAAUGACCUGCAAGCCUGGAGACUUUAGCAGGGCACUUUGGCUUAGGGCUCUGCGGGGCUGUGCCAUUUGCAGUGCAGCACACACAUCCCCACGCUCCUGGCGCGGCUCCCGGCGCAGGCUUUAGCUCAGGCUCGGGUUUAGCUUCCCCUCCUCUCUGCCCCUGCAGUGACAGCUUCCCGGGCGCUGCUCACCACCACUCCCGAGCCGUCAUGGAGGAGACUACUCUGCAAAUCAUCGAACCACCGACCGUUUCGGAGGCCUCCGAGGAGCCUGCGCCCGAAGAACCCAUCAAAGCAGACCAGAUCAAUGGUGUGAUGGUGCUGACCCUGCUGGACAAGAUCAUUGGAGCCGUGGAUCAGAUCCAGCUGACCCAAACGCAGCUGGAGGAGAGACAGCAAGACAUGGAUAGCGCCGUGACCAGCAUCCAGGGGGAGCUGACCAAGCUGACAAAGGCUCACACCACCACCAGCAACACCGUCAACAAGAUGCUGGAAAAGGUGCGCAAGGUGAGCGUGAACGUGAAGACCGUUCGGCAGAACCUGGAGAAGCAAGCGGGGCAGAUAAAGAAGCUGGAGGCCAACGAAGCAGAGCUCCUGAAGCGCAGGAACUUCAAAGUCAUGAUCUACCAGGAUGAAGUGAAGCUCCCGUCUAAACUGAGCAUCAGCAAGUCUCUAAAGGAGGGCGAAAAGCUGGAGAAGGAAGGUGAGGGUGAAGAGGGGCCUGUGGGUGAGGACCAUGCAGAGGAGGACCACAUCCAGCUCUCCUCAGAUGAAGAGGUGGAGAUUGAAGAGAUUAUCGAGGAGUCACGGGCAGAGCGCAUCAAAAGGAGCGGCAUGAAAAGAGUGGAUGACUUUAAGAAGGCAUUCUCGAAGGAGAAGAUGGAGAAAACGAAGCUAAAGACCAAGGAGAACCUGGAGAAGACCCGUCACAACUUGGAGAAGACCCGUCACAACCUGGAGAAGAGGAUGAACAAACUGGGCACCAAGAUUGUGACUAAUGAAAGGAGGGAGAAGAUGAAGACCUCUCGGGACAAGCUGAGGAAGUCUUUCACCCCGGACCACACCAUCUACGCCAGGUCCAAGACAGCCGUCUACAAAGUGCCACCCUUCACUUUCCAUGUCAAGAAGAUAAGAGAGGGGGAGGUGGAAGUGAAAGCCACGGAGCUGGUGGAGGUGGGUGGAGAUGAGGGAGAAAACUCGGAUCUGAUGCGUGGGGAGAGCCCCGAGACGCACACACUGCUGGAGAUCACGGAGGAGUCGGACGCGGUACUGGUGGACAAGAGCGACAGCGAAUAGGCCAGGGCUGCAGCGCGGAAGGGUUGUGGACGGCGGCUGAACACGUAUUCACUCACAUUCGAGCUCUCUCUGCCCCUGGUGCCCCAGGGCAAGUGUACACAAUGCAUCUUUACUACCCCGCGGAGCCGACGCCAAUCCCCUGCCUGCUUGGACAAGGUGUAGUUUAUGUUUUAGUUUUAGCACACAAACGUUAGGAACACGGGACUCUUUUUCUUACACUGUCCAAUCACCCUUUGGAGACCAUUCCUGCCGCAGAAAGCCUUUAGCACCGAGCCUGAAGACGGGCUUUGAGUGAUGGGGACCCGGCCCAGCUGGACAGUGCUAAAACCAAGAUAACGGCUGUACACCUGGAAAGCUCAAGUGUCCUCCAGAAGCGAAAACCUGGUGUCAAGACAGCAUCGCCCAUAUCCCCCCCGCGGCUGCCCCACAGGCAGGGGGGCUCCAGCAUCCGAGGGGGCUGAGGAGCUUCGGUUGCACCCAGCGAGCAGGAGUCCUGCUGACAGGCAGAGCCCUACAUGGCCACCACACAGCCCUGAGCCGCUCUGCCCUCCCCAGGACUCCGUGUCCCGCUGCUGCCACCCUGCAGCGGGGCCAGCCCUGGGUGCACCGUGUGGCACCACACAGCACCUCCGUCGGUGCUGGGGCCAUGGCAGCGCCGGGGCUGCCCCCUCCCUGCCGGCCGCGUUAUGGAUGCGGCUGCCCAGGGAGCGCACGGAGGUGGUGCUGGAUCCGGUCCCUCCACACCCGCUGGCAGCGACGGGAUUCGGGAUGCGCUGAUGCCGCGAGGCUGCCUCGACACCGGCCAGCCCCGGACCUUGAGCGUUUCCGAGCUCCCCCUUCCCCCGGGGUCCCGGCACUGCCCCGGCUCCCGCAACCCUCUCGCUUCUCCCCCGCUUGCUGCAGCUUCACCUCGCACAAGGCAGCGCCAGCUCAGACCCGGCCCUGCGGGAGCGGCUGCGCCCGAGGGUCCCGCUCGUCCCCGUCCCCUCGCCGGGCUCGACCCUACCCGGGAGCGCGGUCGCUCCCGUCCCCUCGGAGCCAGCCUAACCCCACAUAAACCCGCUUGUCCCCUAAGCGCUGUGUCCCGCUUAUCGUCCGCUGUACCGGCCUGGCCCCGGGGCUUGACCCGGUGCCCCGGUAAAGCCGCCCCAGGGCGGCGCGGCCGCAGCCUCUGUUCCCGAGCAGAUGGCGGUUGCGGGCAGCCCCAGUGCCCGAGCACCGGCUGUGCCCUCGGGCCGGCAGUGCCGGGGCCCCCCCCGGGCCGUUCCCUCGCAGGUUUCCCCCCUUCCCCGGGCCGGGCGCGACAAAUAAAGUCUCUUUUCUAAA